CGCACAAAGUGGAUCCCCAUGGUGAACGGGGGAGUCGAAAAGGGCUCCAGGAUCCCCAUUAUUUUAGUGGGAAACAAGUCUGACCUGCAGGUGGGCAGCUCCAUGGAUGUCAUCCUGCCCAUCAUGAACCAGUUCUCGGAGAUCGAGACCUGCGUGGAGUGCUCUGCCAAGAACCUCAAGAACAUCUCUGAGCUCUUCUACUAUGCCCAGAAAGCUGUGCUGCACCCCACCGCCCCCCUCUACGACCCAGAGGAGAAGCAGCUGAAACCUGCGUGUGCACGAGCGCUGACCCGGAUUUUCAACCUCUCGGACCAAGAUAAUAACCAGAUCCUUAGUGAUGAUGAACUCAACUACUUCCAGAAGUCCUGUUUUGGAAACCCACUGGCUCCCCAGGCCCUGGAGGAUGUGAAGAUGGUUGUGUGGAAGAACACCACAGAUGGGGUGCAGGACAACGGCCUGACAUUGAACGGCUUCCUCUUCCUCAACACCCUCUUCAUCCAGAGAGGCCGGCACGAAACCACCUGGACCAUCCUUCGCCGCUUUGGUUACGACGACGAGCUGGAGCUGACGGAUGACUAUCUUUACCCACAGUUCCGCCUGCCCCCCGGCUGCUCCACGGAGCUCAACCACUUAGGCUACCAGUUCCUGCAGCGGCUGUUUGAGAAGCACGACAAGGACCAGGAUGGAGCCCUCUCCCCUGCAGAGCUGCAGAACUUCUUCAGCGUCUUCCCCUGCGUGCCCUGGGGCCCUGAGCUCUACAACACGGUAUGCACCACUGAUAAAGGCCUGCUUUCCCUGCAUGGAUUCCUCUGCCAGUGGACGCUCGUGGCUUACCUGGACGUGCAGCACUGCCUGGAGUGCCUGGGCUACUUGGGCUACCCCAUCCUCUCGGAGCAAGACUCCCAGACACAAGCCCUGACAGUGACCCGGGAGAAGAGGAUUGACCUGGAGAAAGGCCAGACCCAGAGAAACGUUUUCCUCUGCAAGGUGCUGGGAGCCAGGGGCGCAGGCAAGUCCGCCUUCCUGCAGGCCUUCCUCGGCAGGAGCCUCGCGGCCCAGAGGGAGAACCCAGGAGAGCCGUCCCUCUACGCGAUCAACACGGUGCAGGUCAACGGCCAGGAAAAGUACCUUAUACUGUAUGAGGUCAGCGCCGACACAAAGUUUGUGAAACCGUCGGACGCAGCCUGCGAUGUUGCCUGCUUCAUCUAUGACCUGAGCGACCCCAGAUCCUUCAGCUACUGUGCCAGUAUUUAUAAGCAACACUACAUGGACAGCCAGAUCCCCUGCGUCUUCGUGGCCUCCAAGACAGACCUACCAGAAGCGAGUCAGCAGCCUGGGCUCUCCCCCACCGAAUUCUGCUACAAGCACUGUCUCCCACCGCCCUUCCUCUUCUCCUGCCACGGCCAGGGUCCGCCCAGUACCACCGUCUACACCAAGCUGGCGACCGCCGCCACCUUCCCCCACUUGAACGCCGUGGAGCUGGGAGCUGCGUCCUUCGGGCUGCGGGUGGCUCUGGGGGCCGCGGUGACUGCUCUGGUAGGGGUCACGCUGUACCGCUUGCUAGCCAAGAACAAAUGAGAGUCGCUCUUCACCCCGUCCUCCCUCUG